AUGUCUAUCACAAAUCUACCUCUAGAGAUAUUGUCUCACCUUUGUGAGUAUCUAGAGCCCCAGGAGUGGGGUGCGCUCAGGAUCACUUGCCACCAAAUACACAGAAAAACACUAGAAGCCUAUUCAACGCGCUACUUCAGAAGUUUAUCACUUCUUCUCACCCAUGAAGGCCUUAGCCGCCUGGAAGAGGUUGCAGAAAGUGAAGCUCUUCGGGGCUCCGUUCAAGAAAUUUGGAUCAUCCCGAACUUAUUCGAAGGCUGGCCACAAAAGGAUAAGACAAGCUUCAAACGUCCGAGCUUGACCCAUUGGAAAAUGAGGGGCUUAUUUCGCCGUGAACCGGAAGAAUCAAACGAUUCUCAGGCUGAGUACGAGGCUCAGCUUGAUGCUCUAUUUGCCGUUUAUGAGGCUACAAUAGCAGAGCACCGUGCUAUUCUUGACUCGGGACUUUUUGAAGCUCUUGAAAAAUGUCUCCCACGCCUCGAAAACGCCAUAAAUAUUGGGUUACAGUGUUACCCUAUAGACACUCUCCUUAGGGAAGCACAUUAUGGUUCUUUUCGCUGCCUGGGGUUACGUGAAUUGAAGAGCCAGCUCAACACCCCUGGUAUGCUUUCGAAUCUCACACCACCACAACAAUUUCAGCACCACAUGUUGUCUAUACCUCUGCGUUUGGCAUUCUCACAUCUGCUUAAUGGUAUAAUAAAAUCCAGCCGGAAGGUUCAAGCCCUCCACACGUGCGGCAAUGAUGCUUAUCCCCUUCCCAUCCGUGACAAUUACGUUUGCGGUAUGACAUUGGGGUCUUUACAACUGCCAGAGUCACAGUAUCAAUUACUACUGCCACUUUUAUGCGAACUGACAACUCUGCAUAUGUGUAUUCGUAUUAAAGAUAACAAACAUGAUAUAUUCCACGAAGACACCCUCAAACGUCUUCUCAAUAUUCUGAUCACAGUUGCACCCAAACUGAAGUUUCUGGUAUUUGCCCAAUGGAUUCCCAUGGAAGAACUGUCCCCUCUCUACUUUCAGGAUCUCUCCCAGCGGAUCCAGUUUUACCAGCUGGGGGAACUUCAUCUUCAUUCGAUCGAGGUGACGGUGGACGCUCUCAAGCACUUUCUUCGGACAGCAGCGCCAACCUUAAAACGAUUGAGUCUAAAGAAAGUCAACUUGGUUGAUGCGAUCACUACAGAUCCAGGGCCUCUCACUGCAGAUAGGGGAACUUGGGGUUCUUCAUUCUCCACUGAAGUCGUCAACGAGAUACGGGAGCUCUGGAAGCAGAAUUUUGAAUUUUGGGCAGAUCAUCUCAAGCUGCAAUUUCUCCAACUGUCUAAUCUUGGCUACCGUGGAAGAGAGAUAAUGUUGCAAGAUAACUUGUAUACUGAACGCGGGCAGCUGGAUGCACAGCCUUCUACCGACCCGGAAGAAUCCUUCAUGAUCACCACAAUGUCCCAAGGGAGACCCGCGGAGGCGGACGACAACCCCAUGGAUAUGGCAUAUGUAUUGGUAGAUUUCUAUUUUGAUGCCGAGAGGGCGAGUAUACCCUUCAAAGGAUGGAUCAUGCAACUUCAGAUAAAGAUGUAUCCGCAAGGCUUUGGAAUUACCCCAAUACCAUGGCUUAGAGGCAUGCGCAGGUUCAAGCAAUAUGGGUGA